UAUAAAUCUUCGGUGGAAUGGCCAGGUCAUUCUGGUCGUUUUUCAUCCGCCUCAAUUGUAGCUACUCGCUUUUAUACAUCUCUUUAUGAAACACUGAAGCAAAGAUGGUGUCACUCACGGAGGGCCAGAAGGCCACAAUCAGUCCUGAAGCCGUCAAGUUCCUAAACAAUAUCCGCAACAUUCCUUUCGCCAACACCAUUUCACCAUUCCUUGCAUCUUCUCGUCGAGUUCCCGGGCUCCGUCAAGGGUUUGACGAGAAAACGGCUCCCGGUGAGGAGGACUUGAUCGAGAAGCAUGGUCUCCGGAUAAAGGAAAUUACUGUUGCCGAGAUCCCCGUCGUCGUCAUUGAACCUCCUCAUAUUAAACCUGAGAAGGAGAACAAGAUAUUGUUCAAUGCAUUUGGAGGGGCAUUUAUUAUGGGCAGCCCUAAGGAUCGCGCCGCGCUGACUAUGGCGGUGGAGCUGGGCGUCCGUGUCUACUCGACAAACUAUACUAAAUCGCCAGAGGCAAAAUACCCUGUGGCUCGUGAUCAGAUCUUGACGGUAUACCGCGAGCUCAUUCGAAAUGGUCCACCAGGUGGUGUUCCUAUCGACCCCGCUGACAUGUACACGAUGGGCAGCUCGUCUGGCGCCCAGUUACUUGUCUCUGCGCUCCUCGUGGCACAGGAAGAGGGUCUUCCAAUUCCAACCGCAGGGUGUUACCUGUGUACACCCGCGCUGGACCUCAGCGGCGCAGGCGACUCGAUGGUCACGAAUGCUCUUGAUCGGGACAUUAUGCCAGUCAGUCUCUUGACAGCCAUGGUAGGGCAGAAUUACACUCCCGAGGAUAUUGACCCGAAGGAUCCUCUCUAUUCGCCCAUGUACGCCAACUACGACUUAUCCUUCCCUCCGACUGUUAUUACUGUGGGCACACGCGACUUUGCUCUCAGUAAUGGUAUCCGGUUUUACUGGAAACUAAGAGAGGCUGGCGUCAAGGUGGAAUUACUGGUAUCAGAGGGAAUGUGGCACGGAUUCAACUGGGAUCCUGUUAUUCCAGAGGCUCUUCGUGUUCGUGCUGCAGUUGUUCAAUUCCUGGAAAGCCAUGCAUAGAGUAUUUGUUUCAUGAUUGUAUUAUUAGUCCUCAAGAAAUACCAG